AAAUUCGACAUGUGCAUUUUAUUGUACAUAAUAAUAUAUUAAAUUAUUUAAAUUAUAUAAAAAUUUAAAAAAAAUCACAACAACUUUAGUAAAUCAAGUUUUACAAUACAAAACAACAAUGAUUUCCGAUGAUGACGACGGAACUCAAAACAAAACAAACUUGGCUACAGAAGAAUAUUGGAAUGAAGCUUACACGGUAGAACUAGAAAACUUUGAAAACUUUGGUGAUCCCGGAGCUGAAUGGUUUGGACGAAGUAUAGGACAAAAAAUGAUUAACUGUAUACAAACUAACUGUUCCGUUGGUCCAGAAGAGCUUAUUUUAGACAUUGGAUGCGGCAACGCUUUACUAUUAUCCAAAUUAGCAAAAUUGGGUUUCACUAACCUUUAUGGUAUAGAUUAUUCUGCUCCGGCUGUAAAACUAGCAAAUUCCAUAAUUCAAGAACAGAAUAUUAAUUGCAUCAAACUACAAGUGUUUGACUUUCUUACCGACAGUGUGAAAACACUGCCGUUGUUUAGAUUGGCUUUGGACAAAGGCACUUACGAUGUGAUUGGUAUGAACGAUGAAAAUAAAGAAAAAAGAAACAUAUACAAGGAAAACAUAGUUAAUUUAUUACAGCCAAACGGUAUGUUCCUGAUAGUCAGCUGCAAUUGGACGCAGCAAGAACUUAAUGAUCAAUUUAGCGAUGUUUUCGAAAUCAUGCAAACUAUACCGACACCGACAUUGCAAUUCGGAGGAGCGACCGGCAACACAAUAUCGGCAAUUCUUUACAAAAAAAAAUUAAAAUAAAUUAUAUGAAAAAAAGAAAAACAUUACAACGUACUUUUUAUUAUAAUAAAUUUACUCUAAC